AUGAGCUAUCCGGGAACUGCCAAAGCCUAUUAUAUCGAUGAACGAGGAAAGAGGCAUCUCUAUUCAGCGAUGCAAUAUAUGGAUUGUGUGAUGUCAUUUUGUGAAAAGGCGAGCAGAAGUGAAGAAUUAUUUCCAACCAAAUACGGUAUGUUUACACGUCAUGUAUUUGCGACAAUAUCUCUUACUGUAACACGUGCGACUUUUAGUGCUUGUUUAUAA